UUUAAACGUGGAGCUGACGGGGCUGCUGACGUGGAUCCUACGCGGGCGCUGUCCCCAAAACCCUGGCUAUGGCCGCGCUAGCGAGCUCGUACUGCUGCGCGUUUAGGUUCCGCCGGGAGAAAUGCCGCGCGAUUCUCGGGUGUGGCGAGCGGCGCCUGGCGUCUGGCAAUGCCGCUGGAUUGAUCGUAUUGAUGGGAUGCGUUCCUUGCGAAAUAGGCUCCUCGCGGCUUGUUCUUGUGAAAGCGUCGGCGGCAGGGGCAUCCAGUGAUGAGCCACUACCCGCUGAUCCCGCAGCUAAACGCUCGCGCUCGACGAAGAAAUCCAAUGUGGAAGGGGGAACCCAGGCUCCAAAGAAGGCUUCUGCGAGGAAGAAGAAAACCACCGAUUCUUCGGAAGAACAGGAGGCUGAGUCGCUAGGGGGUGGUGAAACUUCUACCAUCCAGCGAGACAACGAGUUUGCUGCGACCAGGAGCUUGUACAGGAAGGUGAUGAAUGCCGAGGAGAAAGAGCUCCGUUUCUACUUCCUCGAGUCGCUCAUGGAGAACGCGAGGAGUGGCAACAUUGAUGGUGUGGAGGAGGUCAUGUCCGAGAUGGACGUUGUUGGAUUGAAACCGGGGCCUCGAUCCUUCCAUGGCCUCGUUGCUGCUUACGCUCAAGCGAAUGACGUUGAAGGAGCGCUUCAGGCUUUGAGGAAGGAAAUCGCGUCGGGAGAGACGCCUCUGCAAGAGACUUUCGUUGCCGUCGCGAGGCUGCUUGGACGUGCUGGCCUUCGUGAUCGAGCGGAGAAAAUUCUCGGAGCUAUUGAAGGUGCAAACCUGGAUACUCGUACUGCUUGGGUGGUGACUUGUGAGGAGCUUUUCAAUGCUGGAUACUUGAACGAAGCAAAUGACCUUUUUAUGAAAGGUGCAAAUGGUGGUUUCAGAGCCAGUGAGCAUUUGUACGACAUAUUGGUCGAGGAAAACUGCAAAACCGGCAAGCAUGGUGUUGCCAUAAAUAUUUUGAGGUCGAUGGAAUCAAGAGGAAGGCUGGCCACUACCUUCCAUUACAAUUGUUUGCUUCUUGCUCAGGGAAAUGCCAAUUUUCCAGACAUUGCAGAAGACACUUUUGAAGAGAUGCAGUACCUAAGACCGGACACGAAACCCGAUACCGAGUCAUUUAACCUUAUGAUACAAGCUCAAACACGUUGUGACAACGGAGAAAGGGUUCAUGAAGUCAUAGUGCUGAUAGGACACAUGACGGAGCUGUAUCCUCAAGUGAAGCCAAAUGCUCGAACAUAUGCACUGAUCGUUGAAUGCUACGUGAAAUUUAACUUCAUGGACGAGGCAAUGCGUCAUUUUCGGGCUCUCACAAAAUUAUUCCCAGGUUCUCUACACGUUCUCCAUUGUGAUGGGAAGCACGGUGAUCCUCUCUCGCUGCUGAUACGCUCGCUUUGCUUGGAAGGUAGAAUUGUACAGCUUGUCGAAGUUUUGGAUUUGAUGCUACAAGAAGGCCUGAAAUUAACUCCAAGAGCUAUGUUUAUGAAUCGAAAGGGACGCACGUUAGUAAGCUCGUGGAUUGAGCCCAUACAGGAGGAAGCAGACAUAGGAUGCGAAAUUGAUUUUGUUGCACGUUACAUAGCAGAAGGUGGUCUAACUGGCACACGGAGAAGAUGGACGCCCGCUGCUCGUAAGGAUCCAAACAGGAUUCUACCCGAUUAUGAUGGCUACAGAUUUUCACCUCCAGUGGAGAAGUCUUACAAACAGUACUGCAGCAUAAAGCGACAAGAAUAUAAGCGAAAGCUGAUUCAUUUGUUGCAAUUUGAAGGCGUCUAUGCCUUGGGGGAAAAUGCCAGGGAAGAAGAGUACACUGCAAUACUAGAGAGGCUGAAAAAAGAGAACGUCCGGAAGAGACUUAGUGACGUUCGAAAGCCCAAGGCAGCAAGUAAGCUUUCUGUUGCUGAAAUGAAGGAAGAACUUGAAGCUCAGGGUCUUCCAACGGACGGGAACAGAAGGCUCCUGUAUCAAAGGGUUCAAAAGGCGCGCAGGAUAAAUCUGGCCAAAGGAGCGCCUUUGUGGAUGCCACCGGAAGAAGAAACUAUCGAAGAGGUAGAUGAAGAGUUUGAAACAGUCUUGGCUAAAAUAGAUCUGAGAAACCCGAGACAACAAUAUCGACGAAAAUGCUUUAUUGAAGGAGUGGGACUUGAAAACUUGUACAAAGAAAAUCCACGAAUGGUGAUCGAGGAGUCGGACAGCGAGAUGGAGGAGGACGCUGAAGCAGAGCCACGAGAGGUAGAAGGACAUGUAGUCAGGGAAGAUGAAGAAGAGAUUAUUCAACCCGUUGACGGUGGUGAGGUUGAUGAAACAACAGAAGCAUCGAAAACAACAGACGACGAAGACGAAGAAGAAGAGGAAGUCGUGGAGGUGAGCCCUGCUGUAGUUGGCAAUGAACCAGCGUCGGACAACAUCGAGGGAGCCUACAAGCCAUUGACGCUGGAAGAGAAGCGUGCAGAGCUUGCUGCAAUGAAGUUCGACUUUAGAGAAAUGGACGAGAUUGAGGAGAUAUGGGGAUGGACCUGGGAAAGAGAUCUACAAGCUCAACCUCCGGAGAUAUGGACGCGCAAGCGCGAAGUUGAGCUGAGCAUUCAGCUGCUGGACAAGGUUCUCGAGCUGGGAGGAAGUCCUACGUUAAGCGACUGUGCCAUGCUUGUCCGGAACGCGAUGAAACUCCCAUGGCCGGAAUCAGUCGUCACGCUGAUCAGAAAGUCUCACAAAUGUGGACACAAAUUUGGAAGCAAGCUCUACGAGGACGCGGUUAUGUCGUGCUUGUCCGUCCAAGAGAACGAUGCCGCCAUCGCCAUUCUCACAGACAUGGAAGAGUCCGGAGUUAGCACUCCAAACGAGCUGCUAGGCCGGGUCCUUCCAGAUAACUAAUCUAAAAUCUCCCAUUAGACACGUGGCA